CGUUGCGGGCGGCGGGGCCGCGCGGAGGCGGAGGCGGCCAUGGAGGGGCUGGCGGGGUACGUGUACAAGGCGGCCAGCGAGGGCCGCGUGCUCACCUUGGCCGCGCUGCUGCUGAACCGCUCCGAGAGCGACAUCAAAUACCUGCUGGGCUACGUGAGCCAGCACGGAGGGCAGCGCUCCACGCCGCUCAUCAUCGCCGCCCGCAACGGGCACGCCAAGGUGGUGCGGCUGCUGCUGGAGCAUUACCGCGUCCACACGCAGCAAACCGGCACCGUCCGCUUCGACGGCUUCGUCAUCGACGGGGCCACCGCGCUGUGGUGCGCGGCCGGGGCCGGCCACUUCGAGGUGGUCAAGCUGCUGGUGAGCCACGGCGCCAACGUCAACCACACCACGGUGACCAACUCGACGCCGCUGCGGGCGGCCUGCUUCGAUGGCCGGCUGGACAUCGUCAAGUACCUGGUGGAGAACAACGCCAACAUCAGCAUCGCAAACAAGUACGACAACACCUGCCUGAUGAUCGCGGCCUACAAGGGCCACACGGACGUGGUGCGCUACCUCCUGGAGCAGCACGCCGACCCCAACGCCAAGGCCCACUGCGGGGCCACCGCGCUGCACUUCGCCGCCGAGGCCGGCCACCUGGAGAUCGUCAGGGAGCUGGUCAAGUGGAAGGCGGCCAUGAUGGUCAACGGGCACGGCAUGACGCCGCUCAAAGUGGCCGCCGAGAGCUGCAAGGCCGACGUGGUGGAGCUGCUGCUGGCUCACGCCGACUGCGACAGGAGGAGCAGGAUCGAAGCUCUGGAGCUGCUGGGGGCCUCGUUUGCCAACGACAGGGAGAACUACGACAUUUUGAAGACUUACCACUAUUUAUAUUUGGCCAUGCUGGAGAGGUACCGCGACAGCGAGAACGUCAUCGAGAAGGAGGUGCUCCCCCAGAUCGAGGCGUACGGAAACAGGUCGGAAUGCAGGACCCCUCAGGAAUUAGAGUCCAUUAGGCAGGACAGAGACGCCCUUCACAUGGAAGGCCUGAUAGUGCGGGAGAGAAUCCUGGGCUCGGACAAUAUCGACGUCUCCCACCCCAUCAUUUACCGGGGCGCAGUCUACGCCGACAACAUGGAGUUCGAGCAGUGCAUCAAGCUGUGGCUCCACGCGCUGCACCUGCGGCAGAAAGGCAACAGGAACACCCACAAGGACCUGCUGAGGUUCGCUCAGGUCUUCUCGCAGAUGAUCCACCUGAACGAGCCCGUGAAGGCCAAGGACAUCGAGAGCGUCCUGCGCUGCAGCGUGCUGGAGAUCGAGCAGGGCAUGGCGCGCAUCAAAACCACCCCGGACGCCGACAUCCACACGGCCACGGACAACUACGAGUGCAACAUCUUCACCUUCCUCUACCUGGUGUGCAUCUCCACCAAGACGCAGUGCAGCGAGGAGGACCAGUCCCGCAUCAACAAGCAGAUCUACAACCUGAUCCACCUGGACCCGCGCACGCGCGACGGCUCCAGCCUGCUGCACCACGCCGUCAACUCCGGCACGCCCGUGGACGACUUCCACACCAACGACGUCUGCAGCUUCCCCAACGCCCUGGUCACCAAGCUCCUGCUGGACUGCGGCGCCGACGUCAACGCCGUGGACAACGAGGGGAACAGCCCUCUGCACAUCAUCGUGCAGUACCACCGGCCCAUCAGCGACUUCUUGACGUUGCACUCCAUCAUCAUCAGCCUGGUGGAGGCCGGCGCCCACACGGACAUGACCAACAAGCAGAAGAAAACCCCUCUGGAUAAAAGCACCACCGGGGUGUCGGAAAUCCUCCUUAAAACUCAAAUGAAGCUGAGUCUCAAGUGCCUGGCUGCCCGCGCCGUGCGGAUCUACAACAUCAGCUACCAAAACCAGAUCCCCAGAACUCUGGAGGAGUUUGUCCAGUUCCACUAGGCCGCCUCCGACCUUUCGUGGUGGUGCUAUCCCGGGACGACAGCAGACAGCAGAACACACCCGUGUCCAUGAAACCCUUUUUCUCCAUCCCUUUGGUUUUGGGUUCCUCUGGAUUCCGUCUGCGGCCUCGGUUCUCGGGUGGAGGUGGUGGAGGGGCGGGGGCAGGAAAAGCCACGUCGUUGUCCUCUGGCUGAACCCGAUGGUUGAGAUUUUGGUCCCUUUCUUUUUUAUUUUAUUUUAAUUAAAGGAAUCCCUUCGUUAGCUCUUUUGUUUUCUAAACAACACGAGAAGAAUCCCCCAGGUGAAUCCCGCCGGACGUUUUCGCGCCCGGCGCGAUUGGCGAGAUGGGAUUUCCGACUCCUGACCGUGAGGCGGGAGAAGAAAACCCGGGAAUUGUGCGUCGGUCGGGUUAGGGUUCUCUCGUACCUCGCCGUGCUUUCACGCCCUUCAGCCGGCGCUGAGGACGGCGGUAACGUUUUAAAAUCCCCGUUUCCAUCCAAAAUUCCCUUUUGAGCAGCGAUUCCCAACAGCUGCAGACGCGAGGGAUGCUCCGUUAGGAAAUCCAGGUGGAAAUUCAGCUGCCAGGGGUUGAAUUCCGUUAGCGAGCUCUUGAUUCCCGCUGCUCCAGUAAGUUUUGAAUCACCUACGGACAAAAAAAAAAAAAAUAAACCCCAAAAACCAAAAAAUAAAAACGCAAAAAACUUCGGUGCCGACCGCGAAUAACCGGAAUCAUCGUUUCUUUUUCCGCUCUUCCGUCGCUCCUAUCCAAACAUCAUGCAUGGAUCCCUAGAAACUGGGUAGGGAAUUUGUGUUUGUGUGUGUCCCAACAUUUCAAAACCGCUUUUAACUCGGGUUUUUCUCCGUCGUUUCGACGCUCAACACGCACCUUUUUUGUUGUUUUUGUUGGGUUUUUUUUUGUUUGUUUGUUUGGCUCAAAGUCUGUCCGGCUGCACUCGUGGAUUCCGAAUCUUCCCAACGGAGCCGUCUGCCGCCAAAGAGAGUCUUCCUUGAACCCGGAUUUUCCAAGAAGCGUUGGAAUCUGUGCCUCCCCCGAAUCGGACUCGAGGAUUUUUUUUCAUGGGUUUUUACUCCUUUGGGUAUGGGGGGGGGGGGGAAUAAAAUAAAAAAAGAAAUUAACGAAUCUCUUGUUAAAAACUUGAUUUUUACAAUGAAAUCAAUAAUUCUCCUCUUCAUCCAGCUCUUGAUGAGCGAGCGAUUGUACGGGAACGUCGUGGCCGGAGAACUUUGGGAGAAGCGGCGGAUGCUCCGACGGGGAAAUGUUGGGACAAGGCUCCCGGAGCCUCCGUUCCUUUGGAACCGUCAGGAUGAACGAAUGUUCCGUGGGGGGUUUUUUUGGGGUUUUUUUUUUUUGGUUUUUGUUUGGUUUUGUUUUUACAGAAAAAAAACAAACCAAGGAUCCGCGUGGAACUUUUGAGGCGAGGUUUGGGGGGCACGCGUUUCUAUUUGUACGGCAAAGAAAUAAACAUUGAAUGU